AUGGCAACUUCGACGACAAAUGAUUUGCGUUGUACAACAUGUGGCAAGGCAGCAGCUACUUUUAUGUGUCGAGGAUGCUUAAAAGAUUUUUGUAUGCGUCAUGCAAGUGAACAUCGACAAGAAUUAGCCAAACAGAUGGAUGAAGAUGUUAUUUCUUUUCAUGAUCAGCUUCGACAGAAUUUUGAUGAACAAAUGAAAAAAUCUCCUGAUCAUUCAUUAAUGAAACAGAUUGAUGAAUGGGAAAGAAAUUCUAUUGAAAAAAUUCGUCAAACAGCUAAUGAUGCUCGACAACAAUUAUUAAAUAUAAUUGAUAAACAUAUGGAUAAGUUGAAGAACGAUUUAGAAUGUCUUACACAAGAGUUAAAGAAAGCUCGUGAUGAUGAUAAUUUUUUUGAAAAUGACUUGAACAAAUGGAUUACAACACUCAAUGAAUUAAAAAAAGAUUUAAUCACACCACAAACAAUUAAUGUACACUAUGAUAAUGAUACAACUUCAUUUAUAUCGAAAAUAAUUAUCAACGAAAAAUUAAAUAUACUAUAUGAACGCUUUGAACAAUUUUUUGGUGAUAUAUUCAUUUCAGAUAAUGGCACAGUUGUUACUCACAAUGGAAGUUAUUGUUAUGCAUCAGUCCGUGGCAAAUAUGAAUAUACAUCGGGAAAACAUCAAAUUCGCUUCCAAAUAAAACAUUUGAGUAACAAAAGAUGGAUUUUUUUUGGAAUUUCGUAUAGAGAUACGCCCGCUGUCGGAUAUGGUUCAAUAGGUAAAACAGGCUAUGGUUUCUCCGGAGAGGAUAACGUAUGGUAUGAUGGUUCUGCCAAGCAGAGAUUCAAUGGUUACACAAGCGAUUUUGAAAUCAAUGAUAUAAUUGAAUUACUUAUUAACUGUGAUCAACGAACAAUAAGUUUAAUAAAUGAACGAACACAUAAAACACAUGUUUUAGAUGUUGAUAUCACAAAUUGUCCAUUUCCAUGGAAAAUGACUGUUGGACUUUAUUUUUCUCCUGGUGACAGUGUUUGCAUCUUGCCGUAA